AUGUCAUCUUCAUCCCGAGGGAGAAGCUCUCGGAAACGUCGAAGCUCUAGGCGGAGCCACCAUUCCAAAUCUCGCUCACCAUCUUCUCAUUCGACGGACUCAGAACGCUCCCCUAGGCGGAGACGAUCGCGAAGGUCGGCUUCUCAGCGUCGUGACUCGUUUGAAAAGGCUCAAAAUGAUCUUCCCCAAUGCGAUCACCCAUGCCUACAGUGUGAAAAGCCUCAGAAAUCAGUUUCCUUUGCGCAACCCGAAUCGACGAUAGCUCAGCGACGAGGAGUUUUGAAGAAGACAUCCCAAUACGACACACCGACGGAGCAGCCUGAAGUAUCCCUGCCGGAGAGAAGAGGAGCGAGAAGCAGACGACCAAGGCGGAACGCUAUUAGAUCUUCACGCCGUGGGAGGACUCACUCAUUGCGAUCGAGGACAAGGUCAAGAAGGGCAUCAUGCUGCAAUUCAGCCAGACCAAAGCACAUAGGAAUAUGGAGAGACAGAAGAGGACGACUUCGAGACGCUCUAGGGCGUUUCGCUCGAGAACAGUGCAACGAAAACAUAUAG